CCCGAAUAAGAAUUCCAGAUCUCACCAGCUCACUUCAGACGCCUGCACACACAAAAUUACUUUAUUUGCCAGAGCAGAGAAGAAAGCAAAGACAAGCAAGCUUGUCCAUGGCCAUUCUAGAAACUGCAGUCCACUCUCCCUUCAUCCUUUCCCCGGUUUAGAACCUUAGGGACCCCCGCAGCCUUCUCCUGGCUGAGAUCUGACAAGACUGAGGUGGGGGAAGCCCCUAAGUACCCGAGCCUGGAGCAGCCCCGAGACUCCAGGCCAGCGAUACACCCACUCAGGCCGAGAAGCAGGCAGUAAAUUCCUCUCCUAUAGUCAGUGCCCCUGGAAGGCAUGCGUUUUGGAUUGGGUGGCGGAGACUGGAGCGGCCAGUAGCAACUUUACCCCUUUAUUCCUUUCCUGAGUCUUAAUAUUCUGUUUUUGAAUCCAGUAAUUGUAGCUCCCAAAGCAAAAAUCUUCUCUUGACACCAAGUCCCCUCAGCAUGCCUAUUUCAGAAGUCCGAAGGCCCAGGGCAUUACAUAGGUUUUUGGACUGAUGGGGAGCUUCUCUGAUUUCUCUAGGCUUGUUCUGAUGGAAACAAAGAACGGGAGCCUCCCUCCUUCCCAAGACUUGUGCAUAUUUACAGAACUGCACUGCAGUUUUAAUGAAACAUCUGUUCUUGCUUCUGCUGAUGAGCUUCCAUAAUUGUUUUCAAACAAAUUUAACAGGAAAAUAUAAAUAUAUUUAGAAAAAUUCAAGUCCCAGCCCCUUCCCCAUAGACAGCCAAUCUUUUGCCAAGGGAGGAGAAAGCACAAAAUGGGAAAAGGAAAAAAAUAUAUUAUCCCAAGGAGGGAAGAUCCAACUCCUAUGACCUGCUCGCCCCCUUGGAUUGAAUCCUCUCAGUAAAUUUCAACUGCAUAAUCAAAGGUCUAACUAAAAGAAACGUGGAUUUUCUCCCUUUGGAAAUACAGAGGAGAGUGUGUUGGAAGUUAAUGUUCCCCAGAGUCUUUAGGUAGAGGGAAGGUAUCUGUGUUUCUGAUUCUCCUGGUAUCUUCCUUCCAGAAUUUCUGCCUUUCCCCCAGCAGCUGUUUUCUGUUCAUUAUAAAUCGAGGAAACCUUUCAGGAUCUGCCCUCUGUUUAGGAACGUAAUAAAACACUUAACUUUUCCAGGCCUGAGACUUACUUUCUGCUCCUCAGGUCGCCCACCCCUGAGCCUACCACCUUUAGGCCCCAAAAGAGAAUCUCCCCAACUUUGGCGCCCCUUUCAUCUCUGGGUAUGACUGAGGGUGGAGCGCCAGGAAACUCAGGCAUCCUUGUUGGGAGGAGGGGAGGAAGCACCGGAUUCCCUCAAAGCCCCUUCCUUCUUUUAAGGUCCCUCCCUCCCCCACACAGCAAUAAAAGAGAUUUGAAAAUAUACAAAAAUCCACACACAUGGAAGGCAAAACUUCAUUAAGACAUCCUAUCUUCCAUCAUUCAAUUUGUUUUACAUUGCAACAAUUUAAUAUCUUGAAGGAAGUACCACUGACAUGAUUUAUCCCUCCAGCAAUCUCACUCUGAAACAGGGGGAAUUUUACUCUUUCUUGCCUUGGCUUCUACUUGUUACACUAUUGCCCUCAGGGCAGACAGGAGGCUGAGAACUUUGAAAGAGGCUACUGGUGUCCAGGGGUGCACUGACUUGUUCCCUAGCUCACUCUCCCCUCAGCUACCUCCCCCCACACCUCUUGCCCUGUAGGGGGACCAGAGCCCCAGCCAGCUGCUGGAAACCUCUGUCCAGGCAUGCCAUGAAUUUGAGUACAGUUGGAAUAGAAAGCAAAAAGCAGUACUCUACUGUUGUGAUUGGGGGUGACUGCUAUGUUACCCCCAGAAGUGAUUACUUUUACAAUCGCUCUCUUUUUGGAAGCCUCCUUCUUUAGCCUCUUCAUCUUGGAAAGAAAAUAGUAUAAUCCAAGGGCAAAAACUUCCAUAAUUACAGGAUCUUUCUUCUACUCUUCUAAAUUCCAACCAAUUUCCCUCCUUUUCCAAGGCAGAGGCUGGAUUUUUAAAGCGAACACAAACUGCCUGGCAGGAAGGGUCCUCAGCCCCCUAAAGAGGUUCAUGUACUAACAGUUCAUCUACACCAGCUCUUAUACAAUGUCUGCUUUUGGGUUCAAAACUUUAUCCCCCCCCCACCCCCUAGUGACACUCCAGGGAAACCUUAACGUUACAGAAGAUGAAUAAAUGAGGUUUUUCCCCCAGCGUAGUCCCGUUUAUGGCUUUAUUGCUACCCAUUGAUUACUCCGCUUUGUUGCACAGAAGGAAAAGAUCAUAAAACCCAGCGACAUCCGGGUUCUUGUUAUAGUCAGACUAAAAAAAAAAAUUAGGGAGAGAAAAAUAUGAGCAUUCGCUGCUUCCUCCAUGCACCUCAUUGUCCUCUUUGUCAGCUUCGAGCGUUUUUAGCCUGUGUCGAUAGCAAAUUCAGUUGGAUUAAUCAGAGGAAAGCCCCAGCUGCAUACCUUCUGCUGUUUUGGUUCACUCACUGCAUCUCUCUCUCUCUCUGAAGCCUCUACAAAACUGUUCAUUCCUAGUCUUCUCCUCCUUUUUCUCAGCCUCAAAGUGUGGGGGGAAAAUGGAGGGAAGGGCUGCUGAGAAUCCAGAGGUGACUGGCUGAAACCUGGGGUCCGCAAGUCCCACAGCUCGGGUCCAGGGGCACUCUCCUGGGCAGAGCAGUCAAUCCAGAGCAGAUAGGGUCUUCUGACCUGAGCAGGAGCACAGCCUGUUGGAAGGUAACUGUCCCUUGGAGUACCACCAAUUUCGUCUUUCAGGCUGUGCCCUAUGUGAUCACAUAGGACCGAGCUGUUCCAAAUCAUAAAUUCUCACCAACAUAAACAGGAGUUGAUGUCUUUAGAAAGAAUCCCAAAGUUCCCUCUCUCAUUAUUAUUAUUAUUUUUUUAUUAUACAUGCUAUAUUUAAGGCAGAAAUGUUGCAAGAGUUUCCCCAAAAGCUAGGUCCUGGGGAGGAGCAGAAGGCUAGGAGGCUCACUUCCGGACCCCACUGUCCUCCGUGGUUGCACCCUCACCCGCCAGCUCUACCUGUGCCCACACAUCCCCUGACACUCAGCACUCAGCCUUCCUCCGUGCUUCAGGAAAUUUCCUUUUCCUUUUCUUUUUUUUAAUUAUUGGGAAAAUAUGCUGGCUAGUGAUGGGAACUCAAUCCAUGGUUGUCAAGUCGUAAUGUCUUCUAGAAUUUCUGGGAACUUCCUUCCACUGGGGAGGACCUCCUCAAAUGAAGCAACCAGGAUGUAAUUUUAGAAAAGGGGCAGACACAAAAGAUGAAAUUAGACUGGAAACACAAGUAUUUCUCUGCCCGGUCUUUAGCCACAACACAGCAAAGUUAGCUGGGGCGGAGAGAUUUCCUGGGACUAGACCUUUCCUUCCGCAGGGAACAAGGCCCUGCUCAGGGACCUGCAUGCCCCGCCCCCAACCGGUUCAUGUAUAUAUGUAUAUAUAUAUAUAUGUGUGUGUGUGUGUGUGUAUACAUACAUACAUAUAUAUAUGUAUUCUUAAAAGAAAUUCAAGUCUUACUUCCAAAGCACACACUUAGUCUCAACUAGGGAAUCAACAGAAGCAGAAGCGAUUUUUUUCCCCCUUCUUGACAUCUGGCUUGUGAUUGGCUGGAAGGGGGUCAGCUGACUUUGUCAUUUUGUCUGUCCUGGAUUGGAGCCGUCCCUAUAACCAUCUAGUUCCGAGUACAAACUGGAGACAGAAAUAAAUAUUAAAGAAAUCAUAGCCCGACCAGGUAAAGGCAAAGGGAUGAAUUCCUACUUCACAAACCCUUCCUUAUCCUGCCACCUCGCCGGGGGCCAGGACGUCCUCCCCAACGUCGCCCUCAAUUCCACCGCCUAUGAUCCAGUGAGGCAUUUCUCGACCUAUGGAGCAGCCGUAGCUCAGAACCGGAUCUACUCGACUCCCUUUUAUUCGCCACAGGAGAAUGUCGUGUUCAGCUCCAGCCGGGGGCCGUAUGACUAUGGAUCUAAUUCCUUUUACCAGGAGAAAGACAUGCUCUCAAACUGCAGACAAAACACCUUAGGACAUAACACACAGAGCUCAAUCGCUCAGGAUUUUAGUUCUGAGCAGGGCAGGACUGCGCCCCAGGACCAGAAAGCCAGUAUCCAGAUUUACCCCUGGAUGCAGCGAAUGAAUUCGCACAGUGGGGUCGGUUACGGAGCGGACCGGAGGCGCGGCCGCCAGAUCUACUCUCGCUACCAGACCCUGGAGCUGGAGAAGGAAUUUCACUUCAACCGCUACCUAACUCGGCGCCGGCGCAUCGAAAUCGCCAAUGCUCUGUGCCUCACCGAGCGACAGAUCAAAAUCUGGUUCCAGAACCGCCGGAUGAAGUGGAAAAAAGAAUCUAAUCUCACGUCCACGCUCUCGGGGGGCGGCGGAGGGGCAGCGGCCGACAGCCUGGGAGGGAAGGAGGAAAAGCGGGAAGAGACAGAAGAGGAGAAGCAGAAAGAGUGACCAGGACUGCCCUUGCACCCCUCUCUCCGCCCUUACUCACCCCAGCUCCCCGAAUCACACACUCUGUAUUUAUCACUGGCACAAAUUGAUGUGUUGUGACUUCCUAGAAGAAAAUAGGGAUCAGACCUGAGAGUCAGCUCUGGACCCUCCCUCACUGCACAACUCUAGCUCGCUUUGCUAUCUCCUUCCUGGCUUGUCUGCAGGCCCCUUCCCUCCACCAGGCCUUGGGGACCAGGUCCCUGAACCUCGCUUCAGGCUCCACUGAUGUCCCUCCAAGUGAGCCCUCGGCUCUCUCCCCACCCCUCCGUCGCCUUUCACCCACCCCGCUCCUCCCCCCUGCGCGGAGAGCAGGCUCCGGGCCUGGGGCCUCCACUCUGGGGCCUCAGGGCCCUGCCUGGCAGCCGCGGGCGGGAGGCCUCAGGAGGACGCGCUUUGGCCCCCGCAGCAACCCCUAGGGCCUCUCCCCAGACCCUACCCGGCCCCUCUGCCCCAGCAAACGCCCAGUCCAGGCAAAGUGUAUUUAAAGAUUCCUAGGGGUCAUUAUGGCAUAUUACGAGCUGUGACCGUUUCUGUGUGAAUAUUUCUAGCUGUAUUUGUGGUCUCUGUAUUUAUAUUUAUGUUAGCACCGUCAGUGUUCCGAUCUCAUUUUAAAAAGGAUUUAAAAAAAGAGGGAAAAUAACAUAAAGAAAAAAGUGAAUGACGUUUGUUUAGUCAGUAGGAGAAAGUAAAUAAAGAAAUAACCCCCUCGUGUUAUCCUCCUGUGUAAAUCCGACCUCUGGAUCCGUUCUCGAAUAUUUAAUAAAACUGAUAUUAUUUUUAAAAGU